GUCGCUCCCGUAACGGGGUGUUCCAGUAACCACUACGGAGAAUUUAAACAUCAUAUCAAAGACUUUACAAAGCAAUUUCCAGGAAUAAAAUGGUUUUUCUACGAUCUUGGAUUAAAUGACGCGGAGAUAAAUGAUGUCAGAACAUUGCCUGAUGUAGUGUACAGAAAAUUCGACUUUGAUGCAUACCCCCAACACGUUCGUAACCUGCAUAAUUAUGCGUGGAAAACCCUGAUAAUGCAAAAAAUGCUGUCUGAAUUUGACGGGACAAUGUGGUUUGAUUCAUCUGUCAAGUUCACAGGAAAUCAAACAAAUGUUUUAAUCGAGCUUAUGUCCCGCCACAAUACGGGUGCAGUGUUUUAUGUCAGCACAACCGGUCACUCCAUAAUAACCGCUACGCAUCCAACAAUGCUGGAGUACCUUCCGAUGGAAAAGGUAGGAGCAGUUAAGGACAUGCUACAAGGUGGUGCAGUGGUUUAUGUAAACAAGGAUGAAGUUCAAAGACGUGUCAUGAAAUGGCUUGUUAUUUGCGUGCUUAAAGAAGACUGCAUUUCUCCACCAGGUUCAACUUUAUAUUGUGGGUUUAACUUUCCUCGAGACAGGUUUGGCGGUUGCCACAGAUAUGACCAGUCUCUGCAAAAUAUACUUAUUUCAAACGCUUAUAACUACGAACAGGAGAAAUAU